AUGGAGCCCACGACUUUGCCGAUGUCCUGCACGGAAGGUUGCGACAAGGUGGUCAUCAAGAAGACCUUCAUUGAACUUGAGGGUGACGCCACUCCUACCAGUCUGCCCGCUUCCUAUAAUUCCGAUUCGGUGAUUUGGGCCCGGUUCCAGCGGGAAGUCAGCCCAGAGGAGACGCCAGAGGAGAUGCCAGAGGAGAGCCAAGAUGCUGAUGCCAGCUCGCUGGCUUCUGAUGAUUUUGACAACCCGCGCGACCAGCCCCACAUGACGACUCUGGAUGAGAAGGAGCGUGCAAGCCAGCACUCCAUUUCUACAACUGCUAGUGACACCGACACGCCUCGGGAGGGUAUGCUUCCGAGGCUGGACUUCUCAAGCGAGGCGUUGGACGCUGCGCAGGCGAGGGCCGUGUCUGCUGCUAGCGAGGCGCUGGAGGCCGCGGGCAUCGCUUCCGACAGGCAAGCACUGGAUCAACUUCUCUCGCAGAUGACUUCAGCCCCACGCCCCGUGGAGCUUUUGCCGGCCUUGCAGCCGUGCGGGAAGCAAGGGCAGACCACUGUGAUGCUGCGAAACCUGCCCAACAACUACUCCCGGGCCAUGGUUUGCGUUCUCAUGGACAAGGAAGGCUUCGCCGGAAAGUACGACUUCCUAUAUCUUCCCAUCGAUUUUCGUUCCAAAGCAAGCCUUGGCUACGCCUUUGUCAACCUGGUGGAUGAGAACGAGGUGCAGAAGUUCUGGCAGUGCUUCGAUGGCUUCACCAAGUGGGUGCUGCCAAGUGCGAAGGUCUGCUCUGUAAGCUGGAGCGGACCUCACCAGGGACAAGAAGCCCAUGUGGAGCGUUACAGGGACAGCCCGAUCAUGCACAGCAGCGUCCCAGAUGAGUUCAAGCCAGUGAUUUUCCAAGCAGGCACGGGCCUCCGCGUGGACUUCCCGCCGCCCAAGAAGAAGCUCCGAGCGAAAGUGGAACUGGACCCUCGGGCAGCGCGAGCCCCGCAUCUCAUCACCACUGCGCCGCCGGUGGAGUAUGAGGUGGUCGUGCCGACUUACCGUCGUUGGCUUUCGACGCAAGAGGUCACCCGGAAAAAACGCUUCCAAACUUCGAGUCGGCCCUUCAUACUGGAGCACACGUUGGCCUUCCUCUCCAGGGAAGGCGUGCCCAAGCAGAAAGUAACUCUUUUCGUGGCGAACGAAGAGGAAGAACAGGAGUAUCGCAAAGCGAUCCAGGAGUCAGAGUGGGCUGAAGUUCGAAUUCAGGUUUCUUUGCCGGGCAUUCGUGACAGCCGAAAUUUUAUUUACAAGUUCUUCCCUGCUGGAACGUAUGUGGUAAGUCUGGAUGAUGAUAUGGAAGGCAUUCAGUGGAAGAUCCGGGAGGGCAGCAAAAUCUCUGCUUGCAUGGAGCUCCUUCCGCCAGGAGCCUUCAUCAAAAUCAUUUACGACGCCUACCAGCGCAUGCAGGACGUUGGAGGCUACCUCUGGGGACUGAGCACAUGUCAGAACCCUCACUUCAUUAGUCUUGAUGAUGUGUCCACCCGCAACGGCCUGGUGAACGGGUAUUUGCAUGGCUUCAUUUGCCGACCCGAUGCUGCGCACGAUCUGCUGCGGCGGUUGCCAGACGCCGUGGAGGAUGCGGAAUUCUCCGUGAGGCACUUUGCAAAGGACAGAGUGGUCCUACGUUACCGGAUGUAUGCAGGCAUGACGUCCCCCUACUCGAACGGCGGCGGUUUGCAGAGCAAAUUCAAUGCCCGAGCGGGUGAUGUCCGCAAGACGGAGGAGUGGUACGGGGCCCAACAGCUGCAUCAGCUCUUCCCCACUCUGAUUGCUGCGCCCAGUAAUGGCGACAGCCAACGCUACCACGCGACCGAGGUGCGCUUCAUCAGUCAGACUGGUGAUGGUAUAAAGUCGCGGCGAGCUGCGGUGCGCCGGUUCCAGGGCCUAUGUCGCUUCGUGCUGCCGCAGCUGAAGGGCAACAAGAAGAAGAGCGACCGCGGCAAGAGCGCCCUGGCGAAAGUCAAGGCCUUUGCCAUGAAGAAGCCGAUGCAACCUGCGCAAUCCUCAUCCAAGCGGAUGCUUCACGGGAAGUCCGGCGAAGUCGCGAAAGUGGAGGGGCCUUUGGCACUGUUGCCAGAGGUGCCCCCCCCCGGCUGGAUUCACUCAGAGUCGAGUCCAGCCAAGCUAUGGUCACAGGCUUUUGGUCCCAGCAGGGUCUUUCUGGCUAGGACCAGCUACGCUUUGUGGCAAAUCCUAAGCAGCGGGGCACGGAGGCGCACCGCAGAUAUGCAAAGUACAGCCGUGCGAAGAAGGUGA